AUGGCAGCAGCUGGCUGUGGGAGCAAUGCAGGGAGGAAUCUCUUGCAGUUUAUGAAGUUCAUAGGACAGCUGAAGAGAAUACCAAGGACAGGCUGGGUAUACAGCCAUGUUGAGAAGCCAGAAAGUGUCUCAGACCAUAUGUACAGGAUGGCAGUUAUGGCAAUGUUAACAGAAGACAAAACAUUAAACAGAGACAGGUGUGUACGACUUGCUCUUGUACAUGACAUGGCUGAAAGCAUUGUGGGUGACAUAGCUCCUGCUGACAAUGUUUCCAAAGAAGAGAAACACAGAAAAGAAAAGGAUGCUAUGAAACAUUUGUCUCACCUGCUACCGGAGGACCUGAAGAAGGAGAUAUAUGACCUGUGGGAAGAGUAUGAGUUCCAGUCCAGUGCAGAAGCAAGGUUUGUGAAAGAAUUGGACCAAUGUGAAAUGAUCCUACAAGCUUUAGAGUAUGAAGAGCUAGAGAAGAGACCAGGGACGCUGCAAGACUUCUAUGAUUCAACAUCAGGAAAAUUUAAACACCCCGGUGUUGUUCAACUGGUUUCAGCAAUUUAUGAAGAAAGAAACUCUAAUAUAGCAGCAGAAGCAAGUAGUUCUCAGCCAUGA